CAGUAUCUCUCUCUUGUCUCCAGGCUCCAGCAGCAGUUGUGUGAGAGCAGGGAGCUGCUCCACUCUCUGCAGAGUGAGCUGCAGGUCUACCACAGAGUGUGUAUGUGUGUGUGUGUAUUCACCCAGUAUCUCUCUCUUGUCUCCAGGCUCCAGCAGCAGUUGUGUGAGAGCAGGGAGCUGCUCCACUCUCUGCAGAGUGAGCUGCAGGUCUACCACAGAGUGUGUGUCAACGCCAAGGGCAACCCAGGGUACCUGUGUGAGGGCCAGUACGGUGGGGUCCCUGCCCUGCCCGUGGAGCUGGGGGAGCUGCUAGGGGAGGUGAGGAGCCUCAGAGCCCAGCUCCAGUCCAGUGUCCAGGAGAACAGUGUCCUGAAACAGCUGGAGCUCCACAAACACCUGGAGCAGAAGCUGGGAGGUGGGGUCCACGGAGGGGUGGGCGUCAUUGGGGGGAUGGAGCCCCCUCGUACCCCGUCUCUCAGUGCCCUUACAGCCAGCCCCCAGAGGGACAGCCUCUACAGACGGCAGCUACUGCAUGACCCAGCUCCGUCUCCCCCUGUCAGAGACAUUGGGCUGUUUAACUGUGGAUCUCCAUACCACGUUCUCUACACAGACCUGGAGGAGACCCCGCUCACUGCCAAUGAUCUGGACCCCCACUCAGAGCUGGAGGGUGACGCCCCGGACGGCUCGUUCUCUAACCGGAACGGGCGCCAUGCCAUCGGGCACGUGGACGACUACAGCGCUCUGCAGCAGCAGGUCCUGGAGGGGAGGAGUCUGGUCCAGCGAAUGGAAACAGCCCUGCAGGCCUGCCUCAGCCAAUCAAUGCUGGAGGGCAGCCACGACCAGGUCCUCCUAGACUAUGGGCGUGUGAGGAGUCUGCUGUCUAACACCAAGACCCUGAGACAGAUCCUAGAGGAGGUUGUAUCCCUGAUGAAGAUGUUUUGGAGGGCUGCCCUGCCCAGCACAGACCGUUACACCCAUAACCUUAAGAAGGAGCAGUGUAUGCAAGAGGAGAUUCUGUCUCUGAGGGGGCGUAUCUCGGAGCAGGGGGAGGUGCUUCAGGGAACCAUCCAGAGACUGAGGAGCACCAGCCGCACCAAGGAAGGCAUGGAGCACUUCAUCGUCAAGCAGCUAUCAAGGACUCGAGAUGUGCUGAAAAAAGCCAGGACUAACUUGGAGAAGAACGAUCGGAGGAUCUCCUCUCUAAGCUCCUCCUCUUCCACUCCUUAUGCUGCUGAAGACCGAAGUCACGCCAAUGAACGGCCUACUGAUUGGAGUUUCUUGAAGCCUGGUGACGCCCCGGCAAUGUCCAAUCGGCGUCCGGGAACCAGGAAGCGUGGCAGCCAGUGCCUGCUCCAGGUGCUGACCUGUUAAAGAACCAGCCAGCCCAACACCACGACCUCUGACCCCACAACCCCUCCUCUGCCUCUGCCUCACCCAUCACCCCAUCCACCUCUCAGCCUAGUCUAUAGCAUCGAACGUCAACCCUCAGAGCACUCCAUCCAUUCUUUCUUUCUCCACCAUUUCUCUCCUGCCGGCAAUUCUUGCCCAAGACUCUUGCACCUCGAGCCUUACCUGAAUUCGUCCUCCUUUAGUUUUCAUUCCUCUACCCUCGUUCGACUGUUCUUCAUUCAUCCCUUUCUUUUCUCCCACCUCCACCCACCCCUGUUCUUCUGUUGCUGUCUUCUAGCUCCAGAGACUGUUGGUUCAGUCUGAUGUUUGCCUUGUGAGUGUGAAGAAGAAGGUGGUUUGAAAUGUGCCUCUGAUGGUAACAGUAAUGUGUGUCCUUGACUGCUGUAGAAGAAGUAGGGUUAAGCUGCCCCUAGACACUGAUCUAAGGUCAGAUUUGCUUUUUCCCUAAUGGUUAAGGUAAUGAGGGGGGUAAGCUGGUCCUAGACACUGAUCUAAGGUCAGAUUUGCUUUUUCCCUAAUGUUUAAGGUAAUGAGGGGGGUAAAGCUGGUCCUAGACACUGAUUUAAGGUCAGAUUUGCUUUUUCCCUAAUGGUUAAGGUAAUGAGGGGGGUAAGCUGGUCCUAGACACUGAUCUAAGGUCAGAUUUGUUUUUUCCCUAAUGGUUAAGGUAAUGCUGGUCCUAGAUCUGUGGCUGAGGGAAGCUUCUACCCAGAGCAUAGAUAGUGUGCUCCUCUGCCUGGUAGCUUUCGGAUGGGAUAAGUGUCAAUGCAUGUGAACUCAAGGCUUGAGAAAGGAAAUGUAUACAAAAGUAUACACACAAAGUACAGUACACACACAUACAUUCACAGACAUACAUGAUCAAUCAAUUUCUUUUCAAACAAAUCUUCAACUUCAAUUGCCACUGAAAUGCAAGCUUUCUUCUUGUGGCAUUUCAUCAAUGAGGACUUUCUUUGCAAAUACAAUGCAAAAAAUACAAUGACAUCCACAAUCUAGCAUAUCUGCUGGAAUCACAGUGGAGGAAUGUAUAGGUGUGGCACUUCUAGGUAAUUGUGUGCUAUAUUUAUCUGUGGAGGAUGAUACCUCUGAAUGGUCUGUCUGCCAUUAGCCAAGGCUUCUGGAUAGCAGAACAAAGGCCCCGUUCCAUUUCAAUCACUAACCCCUUCCCCAUCGGUGUUCACAGAUCUGAAUGGGCCAGAUAGGUGACAGCAAUAUGGUUAUGGCUCCACCUAGCCCUCCGAUGAUCUAACACAGAAUGGGUAAUGGCUAAAGAAGGCGCUAGGGGCUGAAAUGGACCGAGGCCGAACACGCGUAUUCAAGCUCCUCUUUAGGAGUCCUCAGACGAGCAUGUGCAAUAAUGAAUGUUGUUAUUUAAAUGAUCAUGGCACGCCAGCUAUUUUUCCUUUUUGCCUGACACUGGAACUUAAGCAUUUAGCCACUCUUGAUAAGGUGAAAAAGAUCGUCAGUACAAUAUUAUACUACUUACUAUCCUGAAUACUACUGAGUGAAAUGAAAUGUAGUUUUGGUGCAGUGUUGAUUCAUCAGAGAGGUUUUAAAAAGGAACAGUCUCAACCUUUGUUCGUUGAACAGAGGAUCACCAUUACUUGCCAAAGUUUGAACUUUGAACUCUUCGCAUUGUUUGCCUUACCUAUGCAGCCUACUAUAAGCAUGAUGUGACUCUAUAGGAAGACAUCAGCCUAGUAUAUGAGACCAUCUAUGACAUUAUGAUGGAGAUAUCAUUUGAUUGGCUGCUCUUUGAGAGCCAUUUGAAGCAGAGACGGUAACCGUCAGAUGAUUGGUUCACUUUAGUUGGACAUGUGCUUUAUAAACGAGCACAUCUUGUCAUUAAUGGACCAAACCUUUCAAAAAGAGAAUCUUUCACACUAGGCUACUACUGCUUUGUGAAUGACAAAAAACUAAAUUGGGCUGCUGUGAGAGAUGUACCACAACACCAGAGAAUAUCAUUCUGGAUUGUUACAUUUCCAUUGGACUUCUUUGAGGUAUUUGUCUUGGUUUAGACCGCCAUUGCAUUCCCAUGGUGUUAUUGGCAACAUGUCCCUUAUUCUCCUACCUGUUCCAAACUUUGGCAGGCUACUGGUGGGACCAAUGUUCUAGAUUUCACAAUGGGUGAAGCUGUCACCCCCAAAGGUGUUUCUUCCUAUGCUGCUUUUGAUUGUUUUAAGUGUUCUUGCUGUACAUUUAGCCAUUUUCACAUUGUAAAUGGCUUGUUUUUUUCACUGUAUUCUGUUGACCUAUUUGUGUGUGGAUAAUCAUGUCAGACUUUUGCUCUGUACACAAACGUUGAAUAUCUGGGUAGCUGUGCAAUAGCUAUGCACGAUCUGCUUUAUUUUGAUGUUAACAAUCCAUUUUUAUUAAGAAUAGUUAUGCGUCCUUGAGUGUUUUCUUUUCUGCUUUGUAUGGUUUAUUAGAUUUUGAUAAUGCCAGAUUGUAAUAAAAUAGUCACAGCUAUGAAAUCAUAAAUGUAUGCCUUUUCUUAGGAUAUGACGGAAACCAAACAGUGGUAUUACACCCACCUAAUAUUAAGCUUUGGAUAGAUAAUGUUGCUUUGCUUGCCUUUAAAAUUGGCUCCUAACACUUACUUGGAGUUACUAGCAUUUGGUGUCUAUCCUAGAUAUAUAUCACAGUAGAUCUGCCAACAAGGUCUUGUUUGCACUCAACUCAAUUGAAAGUCCCUAGAGGUAAAUCGCCAAACACUAAGAUAAAACCCCAUGCUGUGUGUUUCAUUUGACAAAUUGGGAUUUGAUGAGAACGAUCAAGGAAAAUGAAUAUUUUUCUACCAAAGCAGAAACACAAACCAUAGAUGUAUAGGAUUGUGUCAGAGUAGAACAGAGUAGAACAGCACGUGAACAACACGUUGUGUAGAAAGGAAUCCAACAGCAGUGUUAACUGUGUCUAGUAGUACUUAUGUAAAUAAUGCUAUGUGAUAUCGAAGAGCAGCUUGGGUUGUCAGGUUGUGUGUGUGUGAUGAAGCUAACUAGGAUGCCGACACAGAGCUGGACCAUGGGCUCUGUCUCUGAAGAUGGUCACUGUGUGUGUGUGUUGUCACAGUGUUAUCACAGAGGACUUUUUGUGUUAAAAAAUAACAAUAAAAUGUUUUAAAAAAUA